AUGGCCGGGACAAUCAAAAUUUCCCUUACUACCUUCAUUUUCUUAUUCUAUCUACUUCUAUCCACUGGUGGUGCCCCUUUACCUCCAAACGAAGCCGAAGAAAAAUUACGCCCUCUGCCCGGGAGAUAUGACCAACAUUACGACUCGGAAACUGGUAUAGUCACAGCUUAUUAUGGCGAUGACAAGCUUCCAGAGCAUAUGGCUCAUGUACAAUUCAAUCAAGCCCUUCAUCCAGAGAAUCGAAAACCUAUGCCGGUUGCAGACAGUGAAACCAAUAGGUUAAAUCGGGCAAAUGCAUUGCGCGGUAUACCUCAUGGAGGGCCAUUUCGAGAGUAUGCACCAUCGCUGGGUGACCGCGUCCGCGAUGAAAAGCAACCUGCCAUGUUUGACAACGAACAUCAUUCAACUACAACGACGGUUCAAUAUGUUCCAGAUCGCGAAUCCACAGCCGAAGGCGGGCUUCUGAAUGGAGCAAAAAGGCUGAUGAUCCAACAUAAUGCACUGGGGACGGUUCGAGCAAACCCGGGCUGGCUCCCACUUGAUCCCAAGCAGCGCAUUGGCCAUGAAGCGCCUGCACGCCUUAAUUCACAAACUCAGAAACCUAAGGAUGAAGAAAAGGCUUCCAACACCAAGUCAAAGAAGAAAAAAGUCGUUCUGAAAAAGUUAAGAAUUCCCAAAAGUUCCCGGGCCAAAAAGGCGAGGUCAAGGAAUACCCGAAAGAAGUCAUAUCUCCACCCAGGUCGCGUCGCAGAAAAGGAUCAUGUUUGGAAGCCAGAAAACUUUCAACCUUCAAAGGAUGACCAUGCUUCGCACUUUGGAGCUCCUGUACCAAUAUCAAACUCAGACACUCGCCAACCACCACGUCCACAAGAUAGAGCGCAUUACGAACGUUUGCUGGCAGAGAAGGCUCAGAAAUUCAACAAAGACCAUCCUCCACCAGCGGCACAUUCUCUUCAUAAUCUCGUAGAAUCUCACAGUCAUGAUAAGCCGAUUUCGAAGCCUGGAGAAACUGCAGAAGAGCGGAAACAAAAGUUCGUGGAGGACCUCGACAAGAAGAUUAAGGCCGACAGAUUAAAGUCAAAGAUCGACAAAUUCAACGCGGCACAUCCUCCAGCAAAGAUACAUCAAACUGCAGAGGCGCCUGCAAGGUUGGAGAGCCAUGGCUUUAAGCAGCAGCCUAGUAAGCCGGUUGGCCGCCGACGUGGACGGAGCCGACAGCGUGCGAAGUCAAACUCCAGGUCUUCGACUGGUUCAAAAAACAAGUCGACCGGACCCCGCCGCGCUUCAUCAUUGUCGGUACAGCCUGAGAGUGGCAAAGUUCAUGGCAAGGGGCAGCACACAUCCACAGCUACCCCGGCUAAUCAAAAGGCAAAGGCAGAUCAACAUGAUCGUUCCAGUCAUCACAAUGUUAACAAAUCAAAGCCUUCCUCUUCGAAAGUACAGUCGUCGAGAAGCCGGUCGAAAUCUCCAGGAGGUCAUCGUGGAUCAGGGAAGGGGAAGAAGAAAGGUGGAAGAAAGUAA